GAGAGACUUAACAUUUUAGCCCAUCAUCAUGAAUUUGAAAUUAUUUUUGAUCUGGGCUUUUUGCCUGAGCAGAGGUGCUGUUGUUACUGCCCAAAGUGAAAAUUCAGGCUCUUUGGCAUCUAAUGUUCCUCUAUCAAUAGAGUCACUUAUAGCAGCUGAAACUGUUGAAACUUGCAACAUUUGGGGAACAGGAUCAUUCAAACCCUUUGCUGGCAACUGCUUCCAUUUAAAGACAACAUGCAAAACUGCGAUUACUUGGGACUGCGGUAAUACUGUAUCUGGGUUUAGUGUUGAAAUAACUCGAAACACCUCAUAUUCAGUCAGUCAGAUUAACAUUAUGAUCGAUGAAGUAUCAAUCAAAUUAAAUAAUGUCCAAAUCACUGUUAAUGGAGAAAAUGUGACACUUCCUUAUGAUCAAAAGAAGGUUAGUAUACAAAAGUAUGGACUUCAGACAAGCAUUGACAGCAGAAGAGGCAAUGUAAACGUCAAAUGGAACAAUAACGAUGCAUUAUCGAUAGAAGUUUUCACACUGCAGAAAACAUGUGGAUUAUGUGGAGAUAUGCAAUCUGAAUCGGCUGACAGUAUAUAUGAGCGGCAGAUUCAAAACAUAAUAAAUGAUGGUGAACAAUGUUUGCAAGAAAGUGAAGAAUCCUUAGCUAAACCUGCAUGUGAAGAUGGGGAACAGUACUGCAACACGAUAAGAUCAUAUUUCGUUUCGUGUCCAGACAGUAUCCUUGAUAAUAUUAUUGCUAUGUGUGCCAUUGAGUAUUGUGACUCCGGACUGAGAAAAGAAAGUGCUUGUCCCAGCUUUUCAGAAGUAGCCCAACAAUGCUGUGCAUAUUCACAAAUUUCUGAAAUGAAUGACUGGAGGAGUGAUCCAAAUAUAACAUGUGCCACACCUGUUUGUGACAAAAAUCAAGAAUACCAAGAAUGUGGGUCAGCAUUUCAACCAACAUGCAUAUUCCCAGUAUCCUUACAAAAGACCAACUACGUUAGUGCUUGCAAAUGUCCUGAAGGUUUGGUUCUUAAUGAUGUUGAAAGUAAUGGUGAAUGCAUUAUGCAACAGGAAUGCCCCUGUGCAUAUGAUGGAAAAAUAUUUCUGCCAGGGUCUGAAAGGUCAUCUUCACGUGAAUCAUGCAAAUGCGUUGAUGGAACAUGGCAGUGUCAGUGUGACAGCUGUCACAGGAUGUGCAGUAUAGAAGCUGGACCACACAUUAUUACAUUUGAUGGCACACCGUACACAGUGACAGGAGACUGUCAAUAUUAUGCAAUAAUGACUGAAUAUUUUUCAGUUAAUAUUGGAAUCCAAAAAGGUAACAAUCCAGGAGUGCACUCAAGCUUGGCCAACGUCAGUGUCAUACUGAAAACUCCUAAUCCUCAAAUCUGGACUAUACAAAGUGAUGGCACCGUUUUAAAGGAUGGGAGUGAAAUUCCAUUGCCCUACAAUGGAGACAUAAUUAUGUGCCAGCAGUCUUCGAUGUUUGUGAAAACUGAGAUUUCCUUUGGAAUAGGAAUGAACAUGUUGAUUCAGACUUCUCCAGACAUGCAAGCAUACUUCACAGCACCUCAAGAAGCACAAGGAACAAUAACUGAAAAAUUUGCACUAGACUAUUGUUAUCCAUUGAAGGAUCCCGGCGGGAUAUUUGGUAGUUGUUUUGCUGAAGUGGAAAGCAAGACAUAUUAUCAGAGCUGCUUGUUUUCAACAUGUACCAGUGAUAGACCUGAAGACUCCAUGUGUGCUGCUUUAGGGAAUUAUGCCAAAGCUUGUGCUGCUGCAGGAAGGCCUGUUGGUGAUUGGAGAAACCGUAUCUGUGAGGUGAAAUGUGAAAAGGGUAUGGUCUUCAGCUACAACAAUACAGGAUGUUACCAAACGUGCCAGACAUUGCAAUCUGGCAUAUUCUGUGCUAACUGCAGUGAUCUUGUAGAAGGCUGUGCCUGUCCUCAAGGAACAUUUUUGAAUGCUUCAGGAUUCUGUGUUGCAAAGGAGGAGUGUGAGUGCUACUCAUCAUCUGAGAUCAUACACCCAGGCCAGUCAUAUACUUCAAAUGGCAAAACUUGUGUCUGCAGUGGAGGGCAAUUUUAUUGCAACGAGUCAUCAGGUGUUAAUGAAACAUGUCCUAUUGGUUCAAACUAUACGGAUUGUGCAAACUCGGUGUUAAUCACAGCAAGAGCAUGUUCAAACUGGAAUAUAGCAACUUAUCAGACAUGUGUACCUGGAUGCUACUGUGUAGAUCCCUUAGUUAGUUACAAAGAUACAUGUGUUGAUGUUCAGGAUUGCCCUUGCACACAUGGUGGAGUUGAAUAUUUCACAGGAACUAAAAUUAAUGUCCAGUGCAAUACAUGCACAUGCUCUGGAGGAAUUUGGCAGUGUACAGACAAUAACUGCCCAUCAAUGUGCCAUGUAUAUGGAGACGGAAGUUAUCUAACUUUUGAUGGACUGACGUUCAGCUUUGAUGGCAACUGUGAAUACACAAUGGUUGAGGAUUUCUGUGGUAAUGAAAAUGGCAGUUUUCGCAUAACAAUUCAAAGUGUUCCUUGUUGUGAAACUUCAUUUACCUGCUCAAGAACUAUGAACAUUAUAUUUAAGGGUAUGAUUCUUACUUUAAAAAAUGGCCAUUUUUCAGUAAGUAAUGAAACGUGUGAUGACCUGCCUCCACCGUAUUCCAUGCAUACAGUUGGCCUGAAAACCAUGAUCAUCCUAGACAAUGGGGUCAUCAUACAUUCAGACAGAUAUACUCAUGGAAGUGUUAUGCUUGAUCCAAUGUGGAAGGGCAAAGUAUGUGGUCUCUGUGGCAACAACAAUGGCAAUACUAAAGAUGACUUUAGAACAAGAGACAACAUUCAAGUCGGAGAUGCACUAGUAGUUGGGAACAGUUGGAAGAAUUAUGGAUCUUUGUGUUCAAAUGUGAAAACAGAACUAUUUCCAUGUGAUGCAAAUCCCUAUUGUAGAGCCUGGGCAUUUGGAAAAUGCAGUAUUAUUAUGGGCCCUACCUUUAAAAUAUGUCACAACAAGGUGAACCCUCAGCUAUUUUAUGAUGCUUGUGUUCAGGAAGCAUGUGUUUGCAAUAUGGGAGGAACAUUCUCUGGAUUUUGUACUGCUGUAGCAGUGUAUGCAGAGGCUUGCAAUAAUGCAGGUGUUUGUAUUAGGUGGCGUACACCUGACAUUUGCCCUGUUUUCUGCGAUUAUUAUAAUGCACCAGGACAGUGCAGAUGGUACUAUGAUCCUUGUGGAAAUGAGAGGCAAAAAACAUGCUCAGGAUAUCAUCACAAUCGUAAUGACAGCAGGUUUUCUAUCACACUAGAAGGAUGCUAUGCCCGAUGUCCCAAGGAUGCACCAUUCCUUGAUGAAAAUACAAUGACGUGUGUGAAGCUAUGUGACUGCACCUGCUUUUAUAAUAAUCAAAUAUUGCUACCAAAUGAAAGUAUUACUAUAUCAUCAGAUGGCUGUUGCAAAAUAUGUAAAUGUGACUGUGGAAAACUGAUAUGCAAGCCAUGUGAAACUACAACUACAGUUAUAACAACAUCUGCUUCUAGUAUAUCAGCAACAACAACAACUACUAAUACUCCAACUUCAACUUCAAGCACUUUAACAAUAACUACACCCUCCGCCUCAACAGCUUCAAGCACACUGAUAACAACUACAACUUCACCUUCAACCUCAACAGCAACAACAACUACUACUCCAACUUCAAUAAUAACUACUACUCCAACAUCACCUUCAAGCACACUGAUAACAACUACAACUUCACCUUCAACCUCAACAGCAACAACAACUACUACUACACCAGUUUCAAGUAAGCCAUUAUCUUCAAGCACUUUAACCACAACUACACCCUCCACCUCAACAGUAACAAGAACUACUACUCCAACAUCAACUUCAAGCACAUUGACAACAACUACAGAAACUCCACCUUCAACCUCAACAGCAACAACAACUACUACUACUCCAGCUUCAACUUCAAGCACUUUAACCACAACUACACCCUCCACCUCAACAGCUUCAAGCACAUUAACAACAACUACAGAAACUCCACCUUCAACCUCAACAGCAACAACAACAACUACUACUCCAGCUUCAACUUCAAGCACUUUAACCACAACUUCACCCUCCACCUCAACAGUAACAAGAACUACUACUGCAACCUCAACUUCAAGCACAUUGACAACAACUACAGAAACUCCACCUUCAACCUCAACAGCAACAACAACUACUACUCCAGCUUCAACUUCAAGCACUUUAACCACAACUUCACCCUCCACCUCAACAGUAUCAACUACUCUGACUUCUACUACCAAGAGAAAAACAACUUCCCCAACAGUAUCUACCAGUUUGUCAACCAGCACCAGAAGAACAUCUACCCCAACAGUAUCAACCACAUUGACAGCCACCACCACUCCAGAAACAUCUACUUCAACAGUUACUUCACCACCACUGACAACAACAGAAAACAGCACUUUUUCAACUACCAUCACAACUGAAACCAUUUCAACAAAAGGAUCCACAGUCUUUUCUACAACUGGGGUAAUUUCCUCAACAGAAUGUACCAUUAUGACAACUGUAAUACGAACCGAAGCAUCUACUUCAAUAGGCAUCACAAGACCACCAAUAACUCCUCAGAACUGUUUAUGCAAAUCAGAUCCUCCUAGAAAGCCUUUGGAAAGAUGGAUUCAAGACUGUGGUGAUGCAUACUGCACAGAAAGCUGUACUAUCAUUGUCACUCCCAGACCAUGCCCCACAGAUAUGCCUUGCAAGUAUCCUGUAUAUUACAAUGAUGGCUGCUGUCCUCGUCACAAAUGCUACUGUAAAUGUGCAGUAUGGGGAGACCCCCAUUACUUAAGCUUUGGUGGGGUUCACUACAUGUUUCCAGGAAACUGCACAUAUCUACUGGUAGGAGAAACGAUUCCCAAGAAUGAUUUUAAUAUAUAUAUUGACAACAUCAACUAUGGCUCCAAUUCCUUAUACUCAAAUGUCAAAGCAGUUGUUAUAAUUUCCAGAGGUAACAGAAUGAGCCUGUCAUCCAAUGAUGCGGUAUAUUGCAAUGAUGACCUUGUCAGUCCUCCUUACUACUGCAAUGGAACAAUCCUCACCUCAACAAAGACUGUGAACACAGCUCUUAUUCAAAGUGCAAAUGUUAUUGUGCAAGUAGAUAAUACAGGAUAUCUUUCAGUACAAUUACCAGAACAAGAAUUUAGAGGCAACACAAAAGGACAAUGUGGUGUCUGUGGAGGGGAUUCCUGCAUCAGAAGAAAUGGAAAAAUUGAACCAGACACAUGUUGUGAAGAAACUGCAUAUGAAUGGAUGAUUGAAGAUAAACAUAAGCCAUACUGUAGCUUAUUAGAAAUACCUUGUUCACAAAAUAAUACAAAACCAUACCUGGACAUAUCAACUGAGCCAUGUUCAGGACCUUGCUGUCUAAUUGAUAAAUUCACGGAUUGUCCUCCAGAUGUGGAUCUCUCUUUCCUUAAAAAGUCUUGUGAAUAUGACUACAGAAAGAAAGGAGAUGCAUCAGCAACUUGCGCUAGUCUCAGCUGUGCUGCAAAAUUAUGUUCAUCAUGUUUUGACUGGCGCAUGUAUACUCAUAAUCAGUGCAACCGCACUUGCCCAGGAGACCUUAAGUUUCACUCAUGCAGAAAUACAACAGAACAUUACUGUGAUGGAAGUGAACUGAAACCUUAUCCAAAGCCUCUUGAUAAAGAAGAAGGAUGUUUCUGUCCUGAAGGCAUGUUUAGAGAAUCAAUGUACAGUGUUAAAUGUGUCUAUAAGUGUCCUUCUUGCUGUGGACCACUGGGAGAACGAAAAUAUCCUGGAGACACGUGGAUAUCAAACUGCCAUAAAUGUGUCUGUAGCAACAUUACAAAAACAGAAGACUGUGUACCACUUCCUUGUCCACCACGGCCUACCUGUCAACAGGAUGAAACACUAAAUAUAUACAAUACUACAGAUGGCUGUUGUCCACUUUACACUUGUGAACCUAUAAGGUGCAAAUAUAACCAGCAGGAAUACAAGCCGGGUGACGUAUGGACUUCAGACUGCCAUAUAUGUAGGUGUGACAUAUCAUCCCAUUCUGUGAUAUGUCAGCCUUAUCAAUGCCCACCACUUCCUGUAUGUGGACAGAAUGAGCAGCUGAAAUACAGUAAAAACUCUUCCAAUCCAUGCUGCUUAGAUGCGUAUUGUGCUCCAGUAGUGUGUGUAUAUAACCAAAAGCAAUACAAACCUGGUGACAAAUGGACUAUCAGCUGUCAGGACUGUGUGUGUAACAACAACGCAUCUGUGCAGUGUGCACCACACAUUUGCCCACAGGAUCCUCAAUGUAAGCUAGGAGAACAGCUAACAAAAACUUAUGUAGAUGGCGUCUGUUGUCCAACAGCUCAGUGCACUCCAGUGAUGUGCAGUUUUAUGCAAAAUGAGUAUAAGCCUGGAGAUAAAUGGAGUUAUUACUGCCAAGACUUUACUUGCAGCAACAUUACACAUAAUGUGGAGUGCCUGCCUCUAACAUGUCCACCAGAUCCAGUAUGCAAACCUGAAGAAAAGCUAAUUAAAUGUAAUGGAAGCAAAUCGUGCUGCCCAAAAGCUGAAUGCAUUCCACGGACAUGUGAAUAUCAAGGAAAAAUUUAUAAAAUUGGGGAAAUAUUUUUAGAUCCGACAGAUAGCUGUAUGACUUUGCAGUGUACUGCAGCAGGACUAUAUGCCAAAUAUGAAAAAUGUCUGUAUCAAACAAACUGUCCAAUGGAAAAGCGUAUUUACAGCCCAAACCAGUGCUGCUACAUAUGUCAAGAUAAAUGCUUGCCGGUUCCAAAACCUGUAUUGGUCACAGUAAAAGGCUGCCAGGCUGUUAUUACAAUGCAAGAGUGUCGUGGUGACUGCUCUGCAUUCAACAUAACAGCAAACUAUGACGCUCUGGUGAACAAAUGCAUGUGCUGUGAUGCAGUUAAAACAGAGACACGGAGCAUUGAUCUCACCUGUCCAUAUAACACCAAACUAACACACAAAUACAAAUACAUUACUGCAUGCAAUUGUAUAAAUUGCACUGAAUAGUAUGUGUGUGUAUGUAAGUAUAUGUGCUGCAUAUUUUUCAUGAUGUAGUCUCUCCUGUUUUUAAUCAUUUAUCUUGUCAAGUGAUUUUACAAAAUGUAAUUAAAAUUAAAAUAUAUAUUUGAGCAACUA